AUUCACACGAGUCCGCGAGUAAUUUACGCGUCUGCCCGUCAUAUCUUGGGGCUUUGGCAACGCCGCACAAUGUCCCGAUUACUGACCUCACGCAAGCCCCUCCUCGCUUUCGCAGCAGGCUCCCUUACAGGUUCCGCCGCCUACUGCCUCCUCACUCCGCCUAAUCGCCCAUCUCCGCUGGUUCCUCCGCAGACAAAAGUCGCAGUUGCAAUUCAAACCGACGAUGAUGUCCUUGACGCGCCGCCUACAACUUUCGCAAACGAUAUACGCUUCCCCACCGCGAGACAUCUCUGGGCUCUGCAGCUCGGACUGCCGCAGACGGAGCAGCUGCAGUUCAGGGAAAGCUAUGUGGCUAGCGUAAAUUUUAAGACUAGAGUGCCGAAUUGGGUUCUCGAACAUUUGACGAAGGAGACGUUGAAGGGGAAUGCCGAUCGGCAGGGCAUAACGUUCUUCGCGGACGAGAGCGUUCCGAGCAAAUUUCGCGCACAGAAUGAGGAUUAUUGGCGGAGUGGUUUCAGCAGAGGCCAUCUGGUCCCAGCCGGGAACAACAAACAAUCGCAGCAAGCGAUGCGCGACACGUUCGCGUUAUCCGCCAACAUUGUCCCGCAGGAUCUCGACCACAAUGUGUGGUAUUGGAACCGACUUGAACUGUUCGUCCGAGAUCUGACGGAGAAGUUCGACGACGUCUAUGUCCUCUCCGGGCCGGCAUGGGUGCCCGAGGAGAUCCCCGCCCCUGCUGUCAGCACCAUCACAGACUCUUCACAUGCGCUGUCAUCACCAUCCCAAUCCUCAUCCCUCGUCCCGACACCACCGCCUCCACCGACUCACGACAGCGUUACAUCAUCCCCGUUGAGCGAGAACCCGCCACCGCCGACACGCACUAGAUGGGUCAAUACAGCCGCACCAACCCAUCAGAUCCGAUACCCCGUGACCAACAAAACACAGGUCGCAGUGCCGACCCAUCUUUUCAAAGCUGUUUUGGCUGUCAGAGAGGGUCGGGAUACCCCGCAAUUACUCCCGUCACCUGAUGAUGCAGGGGAUGCACCACCGCCUUUGCCGAUGCUGACACCGGACGUUCAAUCAUCACAGCAGGAUGUCUCACCAACCCUAACACCGCCACAACCACCCACGUACCACUUCGCAGCCUUCCUAAUCCCCAACAAGCCCAUCCCCGAGAACACGCCCUUCACCGACUUUCAAACAACCCGGACGGAACUGGAGAAAGUGGUCGGGUUCGAAGUGUUUCCGAACCUCGCAAAUGCUCUUUGGGCAGGGGAUAGUGGGGACGUGGGCGAUGUUGAUGUGGGAGGGGACGACAAUAACGAUGGUACGAUUGCAUACUCGACUUUGCAACCCCGCGUAGAAAGCCUCUGCGCCCACCCCGGCUCCUGCAUUAUGAUAUCUCCCGCAAACCACCGACUCUACUUUUUCACCCGCGCCCUCCGCAACGCCCGCGACCUCGCCCGCUUUGAACGUACGGUGGGGAAGGUGUUGGCGAGUGAUGCUGUGCCUGAUGUGGAGUUUAUGGAGAUGUUGGCGAGGAGGGUUGAGGAGAUUGAGGAGGAUGGGGGGAUAUGAGCUGGGAGAUGGGAGAUGGACGAUAAAGUACCCUGAGCGGCGUAGGGGUCAUGAUGUGUGGCUGCUCAUUGGCCCUUGGUGGGCGCGCGAGACACCACCGAUCCGCCGCGAUGGCCAAACCAUCCAGGCGUGGAGCCAGCGAAUGGCUGGGCGUGGCCGACAACUACAGGGCAUGCGCUUGAACCCGGUUCCUGAACACGCGGGCAUGAAGGGCCAUCUCCCGCGACGCUGAAGCUUUCAUGUCGAAGGCGCGGGCGAGUGGGGCACGGCGUAUAUUGGGGUAUUCUAGAUCUAGAACUUAGUGGAGGCACUGUAAGGAUCUCGUAAUCACUCACACAGAAAAAGCGCCAUAUAGGAUUGCCGUCCGCGAGUUAAUCGUCUCAGUAACGUGAACGCGUAACUGGCGUCACUAACCCGCUAGGUACAGUACAUACAUAGUAGGUACAUCCAAACGUUGUUCAAAGGAAAGAAGUGCAUCUGCCGUG